GGCAGCCCGAGCAGUACGAAGAGAUAUGUGGCAGCGGCGAUGUCAUUCUCCUUAUUGGUCCUCACCAAGCGCCAUUGAAGGUGCAGUCAAGAUGUCUUCGAACCGCAUCAAAGGUGUUCGACGCCAUGUUUGGACCAAAUUGGAACGAAGGCCAAAACCUGUCUGAAGACAUGCCCAAGCCGGUCGAACUUGGCGAUGACGAUUUCGGCGCAAUGCACACUGUCUGCUAUGUGAUCCAUCAUCGAAACGACCUAUUGACGCAAACUCUCGAUCCUGCAGAUGUUCUCGGAGUCGCCAUCGUGGUUGACAAGUACGAUCUCAGUGUGGCUAUGAAGUUUGCCCUCGCGCCAUGGCUUAAGCUCCGAGACGACAUGAAUAUGAUACAGCUCGGCUACAUGAUGGCCGCUACACAUCGACUUCGUGAUGAAGAGCGCUUCGUGGAAACCACGUUAGCCCUGAUCCUACGUUGUGACGCUUCAUAUUGGUGUCUCUCUGAGCAUGAAAUGAUCAGCGAAGUGCUUUGCGCAAAGACGUCGGGAAAAGUAGCGUACUUGCUUGAGGAGAGACGGAACCAUAUGCGAGCAAGUAUUCUGAGCAUUCUUGGAUCACGGGGUCCAGAUUGUUCUUGUGGCUGGGGCAACGAGCAUGCACAGGGUCAGCUGUGCGACCCAUGGCCGUCCAGGAUCAGCGCCCGCCAUCGCUUCGGAUCCUGGGGCCUGUACGCGGAACAAAGAGCUCUUGAAGCCAUCUCAAUGCAAUGUCAUUGCUGGUCUACCCAUUAG